AUGAGCAACAGCAGGGUCGUCAAGAUCGGCACCCGCCGGUCGCCACUUGCCAUCAGGCAGGUAGAACAUACGGUUGCACUUCUGCAAAAGGAGCACCCGGAUAUCAAAUUCGAAGUGAACGCCAUCGCCACUCAGGGAGACAAGGACAAGGUGUCACCACUGCCUUCAAUGGGAAAGGGCAUGUGGACCAACGAGCUCGAGGCAAUGCUCACUACUGGCGAGGUCGACUUCAUCGUCCACUGCCUCAAGGACAUGCCGACUACCCUCCCGGAUAACUGCGAGCUCGGCGCGGUCAUGGAGCGUGAGGACCCGCGCGAUGUCGUGGUCAUCAAGCCCAAACAUGUUCAGGCCGGCUGCAAGACCAUUGGUGAUUUGCCCAAAGGCAGUCUGGUUGGUACCAGCAGCCCAAGGAGAUCGUCUCAGCUCAAGCGGUGGUACCCCGAGCUGCGUUUCCGGGACUACCGCGGCAACAUCGACACGAGGUUGCGCAAGCUCGACGCCGAGGAUGGCGAGUUCGACUGCAUUAUCUUGGCAGCCGCAGGCCUACACCGUAUGGAUCAACACUCGCGAAUCGCGCAGUAUCUCGACUCGACGACGGAAGGUGGUGGUGUCUUGCACGCCGUGGGACAGGGUGCUCUUGGGCUCGAGGUACGGAAGGGUGACAAGGAGACCUUGAAGGUGCUCGAGUGUCUGGUGCACAUGCCGACGAUGAAAGCCGGCUGGGCCGAGAGGACGGUCAUGCGAACACUGGAGGGUGGAUGCAGCGUUCCCAUCGGCGUCGAGACAUCAUGGUUGGACGAGGGCAAAACGCUCAGGUUGAGGGCCACAGUAGUGGCUCUGGAUGGGUCGGAGGCAGUAGAUGCUGACGCGUCCGCCCCUGUCUCCAACCAGGAGGAAGCCGAGGCUCUCGGUAAGCAAGUAUCACAGGUUUUGGUGGAGAGAGGAGCAAAGAAAAUACUUGAUGUCAUCACCCAGACUCGCUUGGCACCGCCAGUGAAGACGGUAGCUGGAGCGGCGGCGUGA